AUGAAGGUUCCAAUAAGACCGGCACCCCCGCCACCGGUGAAUCAAAAAAUUCCGCCCAAAUCUGCUUCCAGUUGGGAUAAUCAUUUAGGGAAUAAUCAGGAUCCGUGGAGCAAGUCGAUAGUACCGACGCAGCAGAAAAAAAAACCUCCUCCGAGACCGCCACCCCCUAAAUUUCCAAACAAGAAAUCAGUAGUGCCGUCCAGACCGAGUCAAUUAAUCGCUGGCCUAUUUCAGCGAAAGAACAAUGUCAAUAACAAAUUAAACGAUGUUCACAUAACGAGGCCAACGGUAGAUGGGAACGUCGUCGAUUCCAAAGGGACCAACGGAAUGCUACUCAUAGAUUUUAAUUCUCCGCCAAGUUCGCCAACGUUCACGACGCGUUCGAGUAGUGAUGCGUUAAGUGUUAACAGUUUUGGAAGUGACGGAGUGACCCAGGGUUCAGGUUCUAGCGGUAACACGUCGAACGUCGAAAGCGGAUUCGAAGACGAUUUCGAUUUGUUUUCUUCGUCGUCGAACGUCGGCGGCGGUCCGUUUAGGAAAAAAGAUGACGGGUUUCAACCGAGAGACCCGUGGAGUCCUCCCCCUCCGAAACCCAUUUCGGAACAGAAAAAUUUUUCAAGCGAAAAAUCGUGGGUUACGUUUCCGUCGCCUAGUUCGUCGAAAAAAUUACCACUCAAUAAAGUAUGUUCGAUGCCGACGAUAAUCCGCGGAGUUAUGAAUAAAUCAAAUGUUGCGAAUGAUGCAUUUCGACCACCUCCUGCGAUGCCUUUUUAUGAUAACGACGUUAGUUGGUCGUCGGAAUCGCCGCCCAUGCCGACAUGUCCGCCACCUCCUCCUCCACCGCUAGCGGAUAUGCUGAGCGAUCUCGUCGAAGACUUCAACAACAUCCAGGUAAUUGGUAGUUUGCCUUCUUCCCCCCUCUGUUCGAUCCAAUCAAGGCGGGAAGAGGAGAAAGAACAACAACAACAACAACGAUCCCACGGGAUAGCACUUUACGAUUAUGCGGGAGAACAAAUGGGAGAUUUGAGCUUUAGAAAAGAUGAUGUCAUUAAUCUAGUCCGGAGAAUAGAUGAAAAUUGGCUUGUGGGAGAAAUAAACGGACGGGAGGGAAGCGUUCCGGCGAAUUUCAUAACAAUACGAGUUCCUCCUCCGGGAGAUGAGGAUGACGCAUUCGUCACGGCUCUGUAUCCGUUUCAACCGGAAGCGUGGGACGAUUUGGAGUUCGAAGAAGGUUCAAUAAUAAAAGUGACUCACAGGAUCGAUCAAGAUUGGCUUUACGGAGAGUGUAACGGAAAAGUCGGUCAAUUUCCGGGGAAUUUCGUCGAUCGAAUACCCAAAGAUUUACCAGUGAGAAAAUUAAAUUAA